UAAAAAAAUUUUUUUAAUCAUGUGCUAAGUGCGGGAUUUAUUUAUUGGAUCUGUGCACUAGACGGUUGUACUUUUAACAGAGACUUCAAUGCUUUAGUACCUUCUUAAUUCGUUUCAUUUAUUUAGGAAAUUUAUCAGUAUACAUUUUAAUUUUUUCGGUUUAUUUUGAAUAAGAGAGGACCAAAAUCACAAUCAGGCCAUCGCUGGAGGCCUGGGAACUACUUUUAGACCAAGAAACCACAAGUUUGGGAGGCUAUGAUCAGCAUGGAGUUACCGCCGCAUUCGACGCAGCACGGCGGACUUCAUCUAGGAGUCGGCGUGCCCGUCAAUCCAGGUGACAGUGCACUGGCUGCUAUGCACUCACACCAUCAAGAAUCUAUGGGGCUUCAGCAUCACGGCCAUGGGAACACCACUGGAGGUAUGAAUGAGGAGACUAAGAAAAAACAUGAUGGCCAUGGUAUGAACCAAGAUGGUCACGGAGGUGUAAAUCAAUUGGGCGGUGUCUUUGUUAAUGGAAGACCUUUACCGGAUGUAGUGAGGCAAAGGAUUGUGGAACUUGCACACAGUGGUGUUAGACCGUGUGACAUUUCCAGACAACUCAGGGUAUCUCAUGGCUGUGUAUCCAAGAUACUGUCAAGGUAUUACGAAACGGGCAGCUUCAAGGCAGGUGUGAUAGGCGGCUCUAAACCAAAAGUCGCGACUCCACCGGUCGUUGACGCUAUUGCUAAUUAUAAGAGAGACAAUCCUACGAUGUUCGCUUGGGAGAUCAGGGAUAGAUUACUCGCAGAAGGCAUUUGCUCGCAAGACAAUGUGCCUUCUGUGUCUUCGAUAAAUCGAAUCGUGAGGAAUAAAGCUGCUGAGAAAGCUAAACAUGCGCAUCAACAGCAACAGGCACAACAACAAGGUCAACCGGGAUCAGGAGGUUCGGUAUCGGUAAUAGCUCACGCUCCAGCAACCGCUGGUGGUCAUCCCGCAGCAACAGCUCCCAAUGCUUACAGUAUCAGCGGAAUACUUGGUAUUCCUGCACAUCAUCAGGAUCCUAAUGGCAAUAGUAUCAAAAGAAAACGCACUGAUGAUGAUGACAAUCGCGAUCACUUGAGUGAUCAUGCUGAAGAUGAUCUAAAGAGACAGAGGAAUAAUUACAAUGGAGAUCAAUUGUAUUCAAAUCUAUGGUCGAGUAAAUGGAACAUAAAGGACGAGCAGAACAAGCUACUGAACGAGCUCGGGGGUGCUGGUGGUACCGGAAACAGCGGGACGACGGGCAACGGAGCUAGUGGGGGAGCAAACGGUGGUGGCGGUGGCGCUGGGAAUAAUACCUCUGGUUACUAUGAGCACAGUGGAUUCCCCGGGAACGCUAUUGCCACCUCGGCAGAGCUGUACGACUCUUUAGGUAGCAUCAGUACCAUGACGCAAGCGCAAACACCCCACCUUUAUACCCCGCCCAUUGGGGGUACCAUAGGUGGUACAUUAACACCAUUGGCACCGCUCACAAUGCAAGAAUUAAAAUUAAGCCAAACAUUGGACGGCACCAAUAUGUCACCUUACCACACAACCGAAAGCAGUGCCGUUGCUGUAUCGUACGUGAACGUAAGCGGUGGAGCCGGUGGUGAACACAGUCCACCAGUGUCUCUGCAAAACGACGGUAAUGUUACUCCGACAACUCCUAAUACCAAUGGAGGCGAUCCCGGAUUGACUGUUUUGCAAUCGCCUGUUUCGCAAGCCCAAGUUGCAUCCUCGAUACCUCCUUAUUCUACUAUGCUACCUAGUUUUGGACACUAUGCUACAGGUGGUGGAGAUUACGCAUACAGUGCAGCAUAUUCACAAUACUCAAGUGCACCGUACACUGGUUAUGGUUAUGGAGCAGCUACAAGCGGGUUGCUCAAUUCAACAUAUUACUACUGCAACGGGGAUACGCUGGCGUCAUCCCACAACAAUUCGCACCACCAGGGUUGCAACGGUAUCACAGACACCAACAGCGCGGACGUGGCAAGUCGCUCGCCUUUGGCAGCAACCAGAGCAAGUAGCGGCGCGAGUGCUGCAUCACCAACUGGCAGUGCCUGCACCAACAAACCGGAUCACGCUUCUACCCCUACGGAUUUGUACCUGGCUUGAUUCACUUAAUAACCAAGUGUUCGUUCUCCAUAUAAAAUUUUAUCAAAACAAUGAACUCUACUUAAAAAAUUUUGAAGAACGGGCGCCAUAUCAUUUAACCAAUUGAAAUUAAUGACUGAUCUCUUGGGACACGAAUUUAAAACAGAUACUUAACAAUAAUAAUAAUAAUAAUUAAAAUAUUAUUUUUAGAAACGUGUCUCAAUAAAUACAGACGUCAUCGGAAAUCUAUAGAAACCACUAGGUAGUUUAAUUUAUAAUUUAAUUAUAAUUUUUAUUAAUAAUUUAUAUUAUUUUACCCAAGUAUUUAAAUUUUUAGUUGUCAUCUUAAGUAGUCAAAAAAAAUACUACAGACUACAGAAAACAGACUACGGUAGUUGGAAUUA